GUUCCAUCAUGCUUUUUGUUCGUCUGGGUGAAUUUCACCGCUAGCUACAGAGCAAAGGUAUAGUUUGCUGUCCUCUUUUCCGUGACUAACACCAGUUUGAGAAGACUACGUUUCAUGAACGUGUUGCUGGGGUACCGUUGCUGGAGGUCUUCAAAACGUUGACAUGGCGUCGAAUCCGACGAAAACCUAUGGGUUGACCAUCCCAAAGAAGGGGCUGCAGAAGCCAACAGCCAUGGUGGCCAGACCUUCCAUCUUUGGAGACGAUUCCGACGAAGAUAGCGCCCAUGAGGCAAUCAACCGGUCCUUGCAGAGUGAUGCAGCCAAGAAGAAAAUCAGAAAGCAGACGCAGCUUCAGAUGGCCAAGGCGAUGGAGGAAGAUGCCAGCGUCUACGAAUACGACAGCAUCUAUGACGACAUGAAGAAGCAGAAGGAAGAGAGAGCUGCUGCAACAACUGGGCACAGGGUGGAGAAGAAGCCCAAAUACAUCAAAGCCCUGCUGUCGGCCGCACAGCGUCGCAAGAUAGAAGAAGAGAGAAGGAUGGAAAGGAAGGUACAGAAGGAGAGGGAAGAGGAAGGAGCGGAGUUUGCAGAUAAAGAUGCCUUUGUGACAUCUGCUUACAAGAAGAAGCUGCAGGAGUUGAGGGAGGAAGAGGAAAGGGAAAGACGGGAGGCUGAAGAGGAAGCUAGGAACGACGUAACCAAACAGAAGGAUAUGAGUGGGUUCUAUAGACACCUGUUGGCUCAGACUGUCGGGGAAGAUGCACCUAGUGGGUCACAGGUCAAGGUCAAGGAGGAAAAGACUUCUGAUGAUGAGACUGCAGCCACAGCUAAGAAAGAAAAACAUGAGAAGACUAGUAAUGUAAACAGGGAGGACAGUGACUCUGGCUCAGAUGAUGAAAGGAAGGGGAAACAUAGCAGAAGAGAGCACACCAGGGACAGGUCUGAAAGAGAGCAUGAGGGAGGCAGGGAUAGAGAUGAUAGACACAGACAUCGGCAUUCUGAGAAACACAGGGAGAGGAGGAGAGAGAGAAGUGGAAGCCGUGGCAGGAGUAGGGAUGAAGAGAGGGAUGAAAGAAGUCAUAGGGAUAAAGAUAGGAAACAUCAUGGUAGAGACAGAGACAAAGAUCGACACAGGCACUCAGAGAAACGUCAUAAGGAGAGAGACUAUGAUGAACCAAAGGCUGAGAGAGCGAGGGACAAAGACUCGUCUCCUGAGCCAGAAAAAAGUGAAAGGGAUGAAUCAAGUACUAAUACUAGUAACAAGGAAGAAGGGACAGACCAGGUCAAAAAGGAGGAAAGUAGCAAGAAAAAUGAGAAAUCAAAGUUUGCUAAGAGGAAUGAGGGAGAGUCUGUGAUGUCUGCCAGGGAGAGGUACUUAGCUAGGAAAAUGGCAAGAGAAACUGCAAAGGCAGCCUUUGGAGAGCCACUGGAAUGAUGUAAAUGUAAAUAAUGUAACUCUCCUUGCUUGAUUUUGUAUGGUGUGCAGUGAUACCCAUCUUCAAU